AUAGGCUCAGCUGUUAUUGUCUUCACUGAAUUUGUUUGUGAGAUCUGGAGGCAGAAAUUAGCUCCGGUGGCUAAGUUCAACUUGUUUUUUGUCGUUACGUUCUUGAUGUUGGCCUUGCUAUGUGGGGGUGACCAUCAAGCUAAUCUCUCAUAAACAUCCACAUUGCUGUUUCUACAAGUGUCUUCAGGGUAUUGUGGAAAGACACUUCUGUCCUUCUCGGCUUCCUCCAGAUAUCAAGUCAUUAAAGCCUCAGCACAAUAAGUCAUUGGGCUUUCGGCAUCCCAUAAAGCCCGCCAGGGAAAGCUGGUCCUCCAUCAGCGCAGGGGUAUCGACAGACUCAAGCUGUGGACUGACAUUGGCGAGAUGGAUAAGCAGUAAUUAGGACAUCCACUUCAGAGGUAAGGAACACGUUGAUUUCGUAAUGACAAGCUGCUGUGCAGAAGAUGUCCACGCUGUCUGUGACUGAUGUUGGUCAUGAUGAGAGUAAGGUGUUUGACGGCACCCCUGAGCUGCAGCUGGACUGCAUGGCUGAGGAGAGCAGUGGAAACGCCACAAUGAAGCCCGACGGCCUGCUGUCACUGACCGACCUCUCCCAGCCAGAUGACUUCCCUGUCCCCUCCCGCAACGGCACGUCGCUCACUGAGAUGAGCAGCGCUUUGCCAGUGGAGCCAAAUGACAUUAAACUGGAUCCAUCAGCAGCCGACGCGUCUGGUAGCGUAGAAGGGCAGCCAGUGAAGAGAAAAAAGGGGCCGGCUCCGAAGAUGCUGGGAAACGAGGUGUGCAGUGUCUGCAGCGACAAAGCUUCUGGUUUCCACUACAAUGUGCUGAGCUGCGAGGGCUGCAAGGGCUUCUUCCGCCGCAGCGUCAUUAAAAGCGCCCAGUACUCGUGCAAGAACAAUGGCCGCUGUGAAAUGGACAUGUACAUGCGCCGUAAGUGCCAGCAGUGCCGCCUGCGCAAGUGUCGGGAGGCAGGCAUGCUGGAACAAUGUGUUCUUUCUGAGGAGCAAAUCCGAUUGAAAAAGCUGAAAAAGCAGCAGGAGGAGGAAACGGCACGUACCUCCAUAGUAGUCACACCAAGCUCUGCACAGGAAGCAGCCACACUCGAUCCCCAGCAGCAGGAGAUGAUUGAGAAGCUGGUGGCUAUGCAGAAACAAUGCAACAAGAGGUCCUUCCUUGACCGACCAAAGGUUACGCCAUGGCCACAGAGUCAAGACUUGCAGAACCGAGAAGUGCGACAGCAACGGUUCGCCCAUUUUACAGAGCUCGCAAUAAUGUCAGUCCAGGAGAUUGUGGAUUUCGCAAAGCAGCUUCCUGGUUUCCUUGAGUUGACGAGAGAAGACCAGAUCGCUCUACUAAAAACGUCUACCAUUGAGAUUAUGCUUCUAGAGACAUCACGCCGAUACAAUCCUGCUAUUGAUAGCAUCACAUUUCUCAAAGAUUUCAGCUAUAAUAAAGAGGAUUUUGCCAAAGCAGGGCUUCAGUUUGAGUUCAUUAACCCCAUCUUUGAGUUUUCAAAAGGAAUGAACGACCUGCACCUUGAUGAGGCCGAAUACGCUCUGCUCAUUGCUAUCAACAUCUUUUCAGCAGAUCGGCCAAAUGUGCAGGAUCACGAUCUGGUUGAGAGGCUGCAGCAGCCCUAUGUGGACGCUCUGCGCUCUUACAUCACAAUAAAGAGACCAAAUGACCACCUGAUGUUCCCCCGUAUGCUGAUGAAGCUGGUGAGCCUUCGCACAUUGAGCAGUGUCCACUCGGAGCAGGUUUUUGCCCUCCGCCUACAGGAUAAGAAGCUUCCUCCGCUGCUGUCUGAAAUCUGGGAUGUCAAUGAGUGACAGCGGUUCUGGUGUCUCACUGCAUGGCUUUAUGGACCCUGAGAAGGACACGUCUUCUACGAAAAGCUAGCCAACUCCUUUCUUCUGUUGUGGCCAGGGACUGGUAUUUGCCUUGAGAUUUUUGUUUUUCCCUCAAGGGAGAAGAGCGAUCUAACCCUUUGCUCCCUAACAGACUUCAGUGGCUUUGUGUGCAGGAGAAGAAACAUGCACACAAAGAUUUCUUUAUUUUUUUUUCUUCAUUGUAGUUGCUCACAUGAUUAUGGUAAAGUUUAGGCAUUAAGGGUUUUCAGACAGUUUACUUUGAUUUAAUCUUACCUGAAAGUUGUGUCAGUCUUUUGCGCGAUUCUGUUCCUUUCUUCAACUAAUUAAAAUCAGAAAGCACUGAGCAGGUCUUGGCUGUUACUGUCUUAAAAAUUGCAAUGUCUCAUUAAGUGGAAAAAGUGAUUUUUACAGUUGUGCAAUAGAUGGAAAUAGAAGCAGACAUUUUUCUACCUAUAAUGUAUCCUGAUUUGUGUAUGGUAACAGCUAGUGUGAGAAGGUUCAGAAGUCGGAAGGUUGGGAUAAUUGCUCAGGUAAAGAAAUGUGAACUAGACCUCUGAGAAGUAGAGGCUUCUUUAAUUUCAAGUAUAUUCUUCUUUUUUUUUUUUUUUUUUCUCACUCCAAAAGGGACCUUUUUGGUCAUUAAUAAAUGCCCAUUAACCUUCAUAAAAGUUGUACAUGAAAAGUAUCUUUAAAAAUGUACAAUCACAUACUAACGCACAAGUGCUGAAGUUCCUGCAAGUGGGGUCAUUGAAGCCACCAUUUUGUCCUAAUCAAUGCAUUUAAGUUACUGUUUUUCAAAGAUUAGUAAGUGGAUUAAAAAUUGAAGUUUAUUUCGAAUAAACUAAGCUCCAGGAAAAGAAAAUGUUGAAUAAGCAUGGGAUUCUUAUUCAACAUUACCUGUAUGUGAAAUGUGUUUUCCUUGCUGUGAUAUUCCGUUUCCGUAUUUGGGAUUUAAUUGUUUUAAUAAAAAAAAACAUGUAAAAUACCUUACGUUUUGGUUGAUUAAAAAAUUUAGCAUCUGCUGUUUUUAUAAUAUACUGAGACAGAGAAUGAAGUUAUAAAGCUAACUUGAUCGAAAGGUCUGUUUAUAUAAGCGUUUUUUAACUUGAUACCAGCAGUUAUGCCGGAUCAGAUUCUGAUAGCCUUCACUAAAAAGGUACCAACGUUCAUCAGAUAGCAAAGACAAUAGAAUGUAAGUUGUUUUGAACUUCAUAGCUACUGGGAUCCAGAUGUUUAGGCUGUUUUCUAUGAAUUCUUUGGCAGUGUGAAGUUGAAAUCCUGGAUAAUAAAAAACUUAAGUGUAAAAUUUGUUUAGUUGGUUUUUCAGGCUCUGGGUUAUUUUUCCGUCUUCAGCUAUUUCUGGUUGCAUUGCUAAUUUGAAAGGCGCUCUCCGUAAACUGAUUUAUACAGCCUGCAAACAAAGCCAGACCUGGUCAGGACAAGCAUUCGUUUAAAACCACAAGUCGGUUUAUUCCGGUAUUUUUCUGACCGCAUGUUGUUUCAAGCCUUUUGCUUUCUUCCUCAAAAUUUAACUCUGCACAUUUUAUGUCAUUGUUUUACAACCUUAAUAAUUUGAGAGUUAGAUUGAGCAAAACGAGGCUGAUUUUUGAGAGUACAUACAGUAUUCCUUUGGUUUUAACAUUUUCCUUUUGUGUUCCUUUUCAACGAAAAUGCGAGGUUUGUUCUUCACUUUUGGGUUUGAGGCUUACAGCCAAACACUAACCUCUGGGUAAUGGUGUCUCAUCCAGGUUUUCCCAAUCAAAUGUCCAACCCACUGACUGAGGGACGAAGAGGAAACUGAAACUAUCAUGCCUCAGUGUGCUGUGGUGUAAUCAACUCCAAGUGAUUUGAGUGUGUGUGUGACUACAUGUUAAGGCUGUAGCUAUCAACAUUAAUUUACUGUAUAUACUGUAAUUGUAACAUCUGAUCUAAUUCCUGUCUUCAAAGGGUGACUCUGUAAACAUUGAUAUAUAGAAAUGCAAAACUAUUUUAAUACUUGUAACUUCUAAAGACCCACUGUUUUGUAUGUACAGUAUAAAUUAAAGCUCUGCUGUAAUGCUGA